GGUAAUGUAGUUAUUGGCUGUUAUUGGUCUAAACCGCGUCGCGCGGAAUUUUGUGAGGGCGUCCUGUCAACAACCGGUCCAGGAGUAGCUGGUCCAGUCUUGUCCACAUGUUUUGUCUCACUACCUCUCACUAACAGGGUGCUCAACGUCACAUACGCAGACUAGUCCGUCGUCUUCUUCUUCUUCUUCUUCUUCUUCUUCUUCUUCUUCUUCUUCUUCUUCGGUGCUCUGGCUAUGGAAGGACGGUGUGCGGUUGAGACUUGGGCAGAGUUUGGCUUUUCAGGGUCGUCAUGCACACCGAGGCUCAAGUUUGGCUUUGGUACAGAUGUGUUCCUCUGCACUGGCCACGACCAGGUCUAUGUCUUCAGUUCCCAGGAAAGAAAACUCACGGCUGUCAUCGAGUGUCCUGGACCCGUUACUGACCUAGUUGAGAGUCAUGACAAGAAGUUCCUCUAUGUGGCCUGUAGAAGUGGAGUUUAUUGCGUCGGCUCACAAUUUCUGUCAUCCAGUGCUCAAAGCUCCCCGGCGGAUGCAUCCUCCAGUCCAGCUGAACUGAAAAUGUCCACUGAGUUUCUUGCUGUUGCAGAAGAAGGAGUGUUAUCGCUGCUCCUGGUCGGCUCUGUCCUCCUCACUCUUUCUCAGAGAGACACGUCCUGGAUUUUGACUCAGUACAGAUCCUCAAACUUUGAGAUGCUCCGUUCAUUCAGUCGACCACUUGUCUCAGCAGUUGUGCACAGUGACACUGGGGGAACGACGGGGAUGAGAAGGAGGCCGCUGCUGAUUUGUGUCCAUUCUAGUGCCGUUGCAGCGCCGCCAUCUCCCCCGUCCACUUCUUCAUUGGAAGCAACUGUAAGUGUCGGCCACUUGUGCCUCGAGCCGGUCCUCUUCAAACUUCUGUUUGGGAUUGACGCCGCCCUCACCAAGUCACCAGUCAUCCUUUGUGGCCUGCCAGACGGGUGCCUGUGUUUUCUUCCUUUGCGUCCCCCAGCAACGCGGCUCAAAGUCCUUCACAGCCUUGAGCAGCCAGUCGUAUUUGUCGGAGCAUCUCGUGUCAUGGAAGCUGGUCCAGGACAUGCACAGUGUUUGGUGGCAGUGGGUGAACAAGGGAGAGUGGUGUUGAUCAAAUCAGACAAGGGAGGUUCAGAGGGAGGGGGCAACAGAGCAGUUCUUAUUGAGGGGUGUGUACAGGGGCCUGUGAUGUGUGGCUGUGUGGAUACAAAGCGUCUGUAUUACAGCACUGGGUCCGACCUGCUGGUGCUGGAUCUAUCGGAGGUCUCAUCUGAGAGAGACGGCAAUGAAGGGGAUGUAGAGACAUCCAGUAUGGCAGCCGCUGCCCUCCAGAGCCCCACCAGUUUGAAUGUGUGCAGAGUCGUCGCCUUGGCUGAGCCUACAUGCAACACUGCAGGGGAAGUUCAGCUGCUGGGACUGUCUGUUAGAGGGCAGCUCCAGAGGAUUAUCUUACCUGUGGGAAGAGAGGAUGCAAGAUUGCCCAAGGGGGGGGGCCGCAGUGUCAGGGACCUCCUGUCUGCUAUCGGGGACGUCUGUGAAAGAGCAUCAGUGCUGAAAACUGCCAUAAAAUCCCAAAACCAAAUUCUGAGGCACCUGAAUCAGGUGCUUAACAUCAGCUUCCUGCUGAUGGCCGGCACAAAUACCAAAGAGCAUCUUCCCAGCCAGGAGAAGCCAAUCAGAUGUCGCGCCACGGCCAGUUGGAGCAGAUUACUUCAAAGAGACUCCCUGAACCUGACAUGUGUCCUGGAUAAUUCAAGUCCUUAUGUUUUGGAGCGAGGCUGGACUCUGAGCAUCGCUGUAUUCCCUCUGUCCUGUCCUCCCGGUGCAGGAACAGACAGCUCCUCCACAAAUUUCUCAUUCCCGUUCCACAAUCUCCUUCCAGGUGAGACGUUCGAAGUAUCGCUGCCCCUAGCAGCUGCAGGUGAAACAUCCUUCCCCGUGACAGUGAGCUGCUCACUCGUCUUCUCACUCACCGGUCUCCUGGGCGAGGAGGCCGAAAACCUCCCCGGCCCGCGGAGUAGUUGCGUCAGUCUGCCCUUGAGCACGCUGACAGUGGAUUGGCUGCACGCCCUGCAGGUGUGCGCUCCCAUCGGCACCCAUAGGAAGGCCACGUCUCAAUCCUACAACGCGACAGACGCCAUCCAAGCUUGUUUAAGAUCACGGCGGAUUAGCAGUGGAAGAGGGGAGACCGAGCGAGAGCAGCAUUCAGCGAGUGUUCGGGUGUCGUCAGAGUUGCUGAGCGACACACUAAUGUUGAAAGGCUCAGAUUUGGACGCUCAGGGGCGCUCAAAGUCGGCUCCUCAGAAUGUGGGCCUCUCUCUGCUGGAGUGGCUGUUGUCUGACGCUCCUGGAGGUGUCACAGCGGGACGCCAAGGAGACCAGAUUGCCCUCGGCGGCUCAGUGGUCCGUGCGCACGAUCCAAACGGACACGCAGUCAAACUGACCGCUAAAGAGGUAAAUGUAAUGGAGGAGAGCACGGGGAAGGAGGAGCCCCUGAGCACGGUGGAGGUUCAGGUGGAGAGCUCUUCUAUGGCAGCAGUGUGUGGACUGCAUCACGCUCUGCUGCGCCGGAUUCAGACUAUGUUGCAGACGGCCCCUGAGAGGGCUGCUUCCACAAAGAGGAUCCAGAGUUUAGAGUUAAGACGGGCACUGCAGCGGGCCGAGCGCCUGUUGCAGCAGAUCCGGCAAAGUCGAAUCUCAGGGGCCUUCGGUGUGGGCGUGUCAACGGGGCAGAUGACCCAAUCACUUCUCGCCGUUUACCAAGAACUCAGAGAAAACCCUCUCCUUAUAAUUUAACGCUGUCUUUUCUUUUCAUCUGCCCUCUGCCUUUUCCAAUGUUACGUAACCCGUCUUCGCAGCCGAUGCAUGAGAAAUAACAUCGAUAAAUGUGCUUUUUCAUCACUGUCAACGACUGUUACCAAGUAAUAUUUUGUACAAACCAUUACAUUCAACUCAAGGUGACUGUCAAGCUCAGGUGGAAUAAAAAUAUCUGCAAUUA